AUGGAAAUCGAAGAUGUCUUAAGAAUUUAUCAACGUUCAGUCAGUGAAGACUUACGUUAUAAAUGGUUAGUUAGUGAUGACGAUUCAUCUGCAUAUGAUAAAGUAAAAAACAUUAAUAUUGAGCAAGAAGUAGCUGAUGAACGAGAUGACAAAGACAAUAAUGAUAAACAAAAAAAUUAUAAUAAUAGCCAAGAGGAUAAUUCAUUGAAGGUUUUAAGAGUAAAUUAUAUUAAGCGUGUAAAAAAACGUGUUAUUAGUAGAUUAAACGAUAUAAAAUCAAGAAAUAAUAGUUUUCAAGACUUGUUACAAGAUGUAGCAUCAAUAUCAACAUCAGCAUCAGCAGUCUAUCGAGAUAAAGUCAUUGCUAUACUACAGAAGAAAUGUUUAGCAGCUUUUCAUCAUCUUAUUGUCCAGGAAAACAAAGAAAACCAACAUUAUUAUUGUUCACAUGGUAUAACAACAUUAUGUAUUUAUGAAUGUGAUCAAGCCACGAAUGGAAAUGAGGAUGAAACGAUGGAUAUUCAAUACGUAUACACUAAAAAACGCUCAGAAUUUGGCCGUCAGGUUCAUUUCACCGAUCGCCCUGUUGAAAUAAUCGCCGAUAUUCAACCAAAUCCUGAACUGUUGAAAGAUUACGUUGCCCGAGAUCCAGUUGAAAUUGGAAUACAAAAUGUUCGAGAAUUUUCGGAACAUUGGGUAAAUACAAAUCGUUUUGAAACAGAAAAUAAAGGCGUUAAUCACGUUGAAGGUGGUUGGCCAAAAGAUGUGAAUCCACUUGAACCUGACCAAACAUCACGAUUUCGAAAAAAAACAGAGAAAGAAGACGGUUAUAGCAGAGCGAUAUUAACACUUGGACAAGUAUAUUUAUUUUGCAAUUUAAAUCGUAAAAUUCUAAGUGUCUAUUUUUCGUUUCAGUCAAUUGAGCAUACAAUAAAACAAAAUAACGCAAUUGAUAUUUAUGAAAAUUAUUUUCAAAAUCUUGAACCCGACGUUGUAGAAGAAGCACCAUACGCAAAAACAAUCAAUAUUUAUCGUGAUCCACAUUCAGUCAAACGUACAGCAAAUCAUAUUAGUUGGUUUACAGAUGGAGCAAGAAAAAUAGCUGUGUCGUAUUGUAAUCUUGAAUUUCAACCAUUGACGGGCGAUUCUUAUAUCGAUUCUUACAUUUGGGAUAUUGAAAACCCUACAAAACCAGAUUUAUUUUUGAAACCUAUAUCUCCACUUGUUUGUGUCGAAUUUAAUCCAAAAGAUACUCAUCAACUUGUUGGUGGAUGUUAUAACGGACAAGUUUGUAUAUUUGAUACAAGGAAAGGGAGUACAGCCGUUGAACAAUCGUUAAUUGAAAAUAGUCAUCGUGAUCCAGCUUAUAAAACAAUUUGGUUACAAUCAAAAUCUGGUACUGAAUUCUUUUCCGGUUCAACAGAUGGAAAAAUAUUAUGGUGGGAUACAAAAAAGUUAACUGAACCGGUGGAAACACUUGUGUUAGAUAUCGAAAAAAAAGGUCGUCUUGAAAGUGCGCUUGGAGCAAUGUCACUUGAAUAUGAGCCAACAAUUCCAACAAAAUUUAUGGUCGGUACUGAACAAGGCCGAAUUAUUAGUUGUAAUCGUAAAGGAAAGAAUGACGCAGAAAAAAUUGGCAAUGUUUUUCCGGGUCAUUGGGGACCCGUUUACGCCUUACAAAGACAUCCUAAUUUUACAAAGAACUUUCUCUCAGUCGGUGACUGGACAGCAAGAAUUUGGUCAGAAGAGAUACGUGAUGACUGCAUCAUGUGGACAAAACCCAGUAUGUACGCUUUGACAGAUGCGCAAUGGUCACCAACACGCUCAGCCGUCUUUUUUACCACAAAAAUGGAUGGUACUGUUGAUGUAUGGGAUAUUUUAUUUAAACAAAAUGAACCCACUUUAUCUAUACAGGUUGUUGAUGAACCACUACAUUGUUUACGUGCACAAGAACCUCAAGGGCGGCUUAUUGCAUGUGGUUCUCAAAAUGGAACAGUAACGCUCCUUGAAGUAUCCGAUAAUUUGUGUAUACAAGGAAGAAAUGAGAAAGCACUCGUCACUGGAAUGUUUGAUCGUGAAACGCGUCGUGCUAAAAUUCUUGAAGCGCGUGGACGUGCAAGACGUGAUGCACGAGGAAAAUCAGCAGCAGGAGGAGAAAAAGCCGAAAAACAUGAAGGCGGUGAAAGUGAAUUAAAAGAAGCGGAUCCAAUUGAAAAAGCUGAAAAAGAUUUCUGGAAAAUAAUUGAAGAAGAAAAACGAAAACGUGACAGAAAAACAGUGAUUGGUGAUGAAACAUCGGCAGCUCAAGCAGCCGAAGAAGCCGCAAAUGCUCAAACCAUUCAAACUUAG